AUGGCUCCCACCACUUCCGUCCCGACCAAGGACCAGGUCAUGGUCCCCGAGACCCUCCUGAAAAAGCGCAAGUCCCAGGAGAAGGCCCGCGCCGAGAAGUCCGCUGAGCAGGACAAGAAGAAGAAGGCCAACAAGGAGAAGCGUGGUGUCAUCUUCAAGCGUGCCGAGAAGUACGUCCAGGAGUACCGCGAUGCGGAGCGUGAGAAGGUCCGCCUCCAGCGUGUCGCCAAGCAGGAGGGUAGCUUCCACGUCCCUGCCGAGGAGAAGCUUCUCUUCGUUGUCCGAAUCAAGGGUAUCAACAAGAUCGCCCCCAAGCCCCGCAAGAUCCUUCAACUGCUCCGUCUUCUCCAGAUCAACAAUGGUGUCUUCGUUCGUGUUACCAAGGCUACCACUGAGAUGAUUAAGAUCGUUGAGCCGUGGGUCGCCUACGGUUACCCCAACUUGAAGAGCGUCAAGGAGCUCGUCUACAAGCGUGGUUACGGAAAGAUCGAUAAGCAGCGUAUCCCCCUGACCGACAACGCCAUCAUCGAGGAGAGCCUUGGCAAGUACGGUAUCAUCUGUAUGGAGGAUCUGGUUCACGAGAUCUACACCGUCGGCCCCAACUUCAAGCAGGCCUCCAACUUCCUGUGGCCCUUCAAGCUCAGCAACCCCAACGGUGGCUUCCGCCCCAGAAAGUUCAAGCACUUCAUCGAGGGUGGUGACCUGGGUAACCGGGAGGACAAGAUCAACGCCCUGAUCCGACGCAUGAACUAA